AUGAUCGCCAUCGCUCCUAUUGCGGACACCGUUCCAGACCGAUAUCCACCAACGCCCCUUCAGAAUGGGGUUGUACAUCCCGGAGACUCUGUAUCGGCCGUUAUGACCCCAAUUCCCAUUGGACACGAGAGUGUGGCACCCUCUUCCGCAACUGACAGGCCCGAUCCCCCAACGAUUACCGCAAACGGCAAUGCCUCUACACAACAUGAACAAAAUGGUCUCCACGUCGAAACUCCGCUUUCUGCUGACGAGGCCACUGUUUCUGAGGAGCAAAAAAUGGCUGUCGAUAUUUUGAAGGUGAUCGAGAGUUAUGGGGUGGACUACGAGAAGAAUGGCGGGUCGUGGAAGGGGCUCGAGUCAUUUGUCCCGACUGUCAUGGAGCAGGUCAAGCGGCAGGAGCCCAUCCGCAUGAUUCUACCCGCCUUCCCCUUCAAAUCCCCCAACAUGCGGGACAAGGUGCUGGGCACUAUGCCCGACUUUGGCGAAGAAUUGGCCCUGGCUCAUCUGAACGGGCUUUGCAAGAACAUCGGCAUAGUAUACGAGCCUGGCGCAGACGUAUACAUCAGUUCCGACGGACUUGUGUACAACGAUAUCCUUGGAGUCCCAGAUGAAACUGUAUGGGACUACGGCGAGACGUUGCGACAAAUGGCCGUCGAAAAAGGCCUGCACCACGUGAAAUUCAUUCGCCUCUUUGAGCUGUUGGAGCACCCUUGGUUCAAAACCGAGACCCCAGAGGACGCUAAGGCAUAUUAUUUGGCCCAUGCGAGCUGUCUCCGUCGCGAGCUAAUGUUCGUCUUCGGCGAUCCUUCCUUCGAUCCCGACGAGGCCAUCAAAACUGACAACGAUACUUGCCUGACGUACCGUGGCUACAUCAAAUUCUUGACAAAGGAUCUGGCGCACCAAGAAGCAACAAUCUCGCUUUCGAAGCGUGCUCGACAGACCCAAAUUUCUCAAACUGCACGCCAGAUGAUCGUUCGGGGUAAGAUGUUUGCCGCGGCCAUCAGGGCAAACCGGAAGGAUUAUGUCCGAUUGUCGAUCCACGAAUCUGCCGGUGAGAAGAAGCUAUCUGUAUCCCUGAUUCCGCAAAUUCGUGGAUCGCUAGGCUUUACGCCCUGGCAUGCAUCGGUGGCGGUGGGUUUGGAUGGUUCAUAUCGCACGGUGCAUGCUGAAGACGUGCGGGAUACGCACGACUUGAUUUAUCGAAAAGGACAGCCUUAUUAUUUUCGCGAAAAAUCGGAUAUCUUCGACUGGGCUGCCGAUGCUGUUUCCGUCAAGUUCGAGCAUCUCUACCCAUGUGGACUGAUCAUUCGCCCUGCCGAUAUCAAUAAUGUCAACCCGCCGCCGUCUAUAAGCGACCUGCCGAUGCAUAAAGUUCGCAAGCUGUCCAAUAUCAUGUCGCCGGUCAUCCUCCGUGGCUUUUCCGAGACGCUGGUUGAAGACCUAUAUGUCAAGGCCGCCUCUGAAUUGGGAACCAUCCUCCCCUGGAGCUUCGGCGUUAUUCAGAAAGUGCGCGAUGCCGGACGCUCCGAUAAGAUGGGUAAUAACGUCACCUCCAAUGAGGCCAUGCCGAUGCACUUCGACGGCAUGUUCAAAUUCGAGGAAGUCGAGGAUCCAGAGACUGGCGAGAAGAAGAACGUUCAGCGACCACCUGGCUAUCAAUUCUUCACUUGUCCCGCGACCGCGCCCAAGGGAAGCGGGUAUCUGCCUUUUCCCUGGACAGCGGAGCGUCUGCAGGGUAUUAAAUGGGCCAUGGAUAAUGAUGGAUUUUGGGAUGCUAAGCUCAAGAAUCUGCCGUUGACGGUGACACACCCCGUCUCCGGGCUGCCGUGUCUCCGCUGGCAUCAGCCGUGGGAUUCCACCAAGACCAAAUUCUCGACUUGUGAUGUGACCAUCGAGAAUGACCACCCUAGUCUGGUGGGCGUCAUUGACAGAGUCACCUACGACCACCGAGUCUGUCUCCGUUUCGAGUGGGAACAGGGUGAUCUGUUGGUCAGCGAUAACACCGCCAUGCUGCAUACCCGAACAUGCUAUAAGACGAACUGCGACCGUGAGCUUUGGCGGAUUCAUUUUGACUAG